CGGCGCUCAGUUGGAAAGUUUUCGACCGAGAAGGAGGCAGGCUUGUGGGGCUGGAGAGCAACCAGAGGGGGUGGGUAUUUUCUCCUGCCCCCGCCCCCCUUGACUGGCCUGCGGAUCAAGAGACCUUCCCUACUCCAUCCUAGAAUUGGGAGGAUCGUGCGCGGGGGGUGCCUGAGGAUAUCCAACAAGGCCGAGCAGAAUCAUUCCUCUUGCAUGGAGCCGGCGGCCGGGGCAACUUUACAUCACACCUCUGCAGCUUUCCAAAGAUGAGUUUGGAAGAAGCGGCCUCUUAUUCUCAUCACGAUGGAAGCUCAGCCACCUGAUAAUGGAGAGAUUCUUCGACAAGGCCCUUUGGCGGCCCGUCCACCGUCCUUCGUUAAUUUGCUGAAAGUGCACCGAGAGCUGCUGGUUGGCAAAGUCCGUAACACCCAGUGUUUGAUUGACAACUUGAUCAAGAAUGAAUAUUUCUCUACCGAGGACGCUGAGAUCGCAGCGCAAUAUCGUACACAAGCGGACAAGGUCCGCAAAAUUUUGGAUCUCGCGCAGAGCAAAGGAGAAGAAGUCGCGGAAUACUGCGUCUAUAUCCUGCAACAAGUUGCAGACGCUUAUUACGAGCUGCAGCCGUGGCUAGAAGAGAUUGGGUUUUGCCCUUCAGAGGUCGUUGGUAAUAAGCCCGUUGAAAAUACUGACCCAGUUAGCAGGUACCGUCAGAAACUUAAAGAUGAAUUGGGCCGAGACACAAAGUUCAUCAUGUCAUAUGGCCAGAAGGAGGACAUGUUGCUUGAGGAAAUUUAUUCCUCCAACAUUAUGGAGUUUAUCAAGGACAACAACGAGAAACUCAGCAACGUGAAUUGCUUGGAGGACUUGCUUGACGUCAACGUUGGUCUGAUCAAUGAAGCUGGAGAGGCGAUCUAUAUCUUUGGCGAUGCAGGGAUUGGGAAGUCCAUUCUCUUGCAAAAGAUGCAAAACCUCUGGUCCAAGGGCAGCCUCGACGUAGGGGCCAAAUUCUUCUUUCGUUUCCGAUGCCGGAUGUUCAGCUGUUUCAAACAGGACCAAGCCAUAUGUUUGAAAGACCUUCUGUUCAAGUACAACUGUUUCCCAGACCAGGACCCCGAAGAGGUCUUUGACUUCAUCGUGAAGUUCCCUCACACGGUUCUGUUCACCUUUGACGGCUUUGAUGAGAUCCAUUCUGACUUUGACCUCAACAGCGUUCCGGAGAUCUGCUCCCCCACUGAAUCGAUCCACCCACUGGCUUUGCUGGUGGGUCUCCUCAGCGGGAAACUUCUGAAGGGAUCUCAGAAAAUCCUGACGGCCAGGACAGGGACAGAAGUUCCUCGGAACAUUGUCCGGAAGAAGGUGCAUCUCCGAGGGUUUUCCAGCAGUAACCUGAAAGAAUACACAAAAGUGUUCUUCAAAGAUGAAGGCUGCAGGGCCUUAGUCCUGAACCAACUGGAAGCCAACCCAAAUCUGAGCAGCCUCUGCUUGGUGCCUUUGUUCUGUUGGAUUAUCUUCAAAUGCUUUGACCACUUCCACUCGGCCUUCGACAGCCACGAGCUCCCAGAUUUCACCGUCACCUUGACCGAUAUUUUCUUGCUCAUGACCGAAGUCCACCUCAACCGAAUCCAGAAGACCAGCUUGCUGAAGAAGAACAACAGGAGCCAAGUGGAGACCUACAGGUCCAACAAAGAGACCCUUUUUGCUCUGAGCAGAGUGGCCCAUGCGGCGAUGCAGAAAUCUCUCUUUGUCUUUGACCAAGAGGAAGACCUCGCCAACCUCUCCGAGCAGGAGCUGCAGCUGGGUUUCCUCAGGGCGGUUCCCGACUACGGUGGCUGCGGAGACCAAGCUUCGUACGAAUUCCUGCACUUGACCUUGCAGUCCUUCUUCACUGCUUUGCAUCUGGUCACCGACGAGAAGGUGAGCGCCAAGGAACUUCUCUGGUUUUUUGCCGAAUGCUCCACCUCGGACACUGCCCUGCGCUCUUGCUUCCCGAUCGCUUGGCUGAAGAGGCACCGCCCGACGGGGGAGGACCCUUUCCGGAACAACGAGCACUUCCACUUCACCAACCUCUUCCUCUGCGGCUUGCUGUCCAAGUCGAAGCAGAAGCUGCUGCAACACUUGGUUUCUCCCGCGUCCCUUAAGAAGAAGAGGAAGGUGCUCCUCACCUAUUUCUUUGAAAGCAUGAAGUCCCACCUGAAGGGGCUGACCCGGGCGAGGCUGAAGGAAUACCGGCAGGUUCAAGUGAUGCCCAAUUUCGUUUGGAUGUUGAGGUGCAUCUACGAGACUCAGAACGAGAAGGUGGGCAUGGGAGUGGCCAAGGGCAUGGGGGCCAACUACAUCAAGCUGACCUACUGCAACGCCUACUCUGCCGACUGCAGCGCCAUCUCGUUCGUCAUGCAUCACUUCCGGAAGCGCCUGGCCCUGGACUUGGACAACAACAACAUCAACGAUUACGGGAUAAAGCAGCUGAUGCCUUGUUUCAGCAGGCUGGCGGUACUCCGGUUAAGUGUUAACCAGAUCACAGACCAAGGAGUCAGAGUGCUUUACGACGAGAUGUCCAAGUACGGAAUUGUGAGUUAUUUGGGCUUGUACAACAACCAGAUUACCGAUGUUGGAGCCAAGUACGUUGCAAGACUCAUCGAGGAAUGUCCAAGCCUCACAUAUGUCAAAAUAGGAGCAAACAGAAUAACCACAGAAGGAGGGAUAUGCCUCGCUGAUGCCAUCCGGAAGAGUAAAACGAUGUAUGAAAUUGGGAUGUGGGGUAAUCAGGUUGGAGACGAAGGGGCCAAAGCCUUUGCAGAAGCAUUGCAGAAUCACCCGACUAUAACAAAUGUCAGUCUUGCGUUUAACGGCAUCACCACCGAAGGGGGGAAAAGCAUCGCAGAAGCCAUGAAGCACAACAGCACCGUGAAUAUAUUUUGGCUAACAAAGAACGAGCUGGAUGACGAAGCAGCCGAAUGCUUUGCCGAAAUGGUAAAGGUCAACAAGCGAUUGGGUCAUCUAUGGCUUAUCCAGAAUCAGAUUACUAGCAGAGGUGCCAAGUGCCUGGCUGAUGCUCUCAAGCACAAUACGGCCAUUAAAGAGAUCUGCUUAAAUGGAAACCUAAUAAGCCAAGAGGAUGCGAAAACUUUUGAAGAUGAAAGGAGGCUCGUUUUCUUUUGAGAUGGGGGGGGGGGGAAUUCAGGUUGGACGGCUGUCAAGAUGCCAGGCCUUUGGAACAGUGGUGGCUGAAGCCCGAAUGCGAUGUGCAAUUGACUCCUCGAGGGUGGAAGACAUGUGCCUUACAUUGUGCUUAAAAAUAAAUAUCUCCAUGCUGCUGUUUUU